AUGUCAUCUCUUACUGAUGAACAGAAAGGUGUCUAUGAGACAAUAAUUAGUGUUGUGUCAAAGAAUGAGGGAGGUGUUUUCUUUCUGUACGGGUAUGGUGGACCGGGAAAAACUUUCAAAUGGCGAACUUUAUCUGCAACCAUAAGGGCUAAAGGUCAGAUUGUUCUUAAUGCUGCUUCUAGCAGAAUAGCAACACUUCUACUUCCGGGGGGAAGAACAGCUUACUCUAGAUUUGUGAUCCCACUGGCAAUAACUGAGGAGUCAACCUGUAAUAUAAAACAGGGUAGUGAUCUGGCAGAGUUGUUAAUUCAUACGAAGCUUAUCAUAUGGGAUGAAGCUCCAAUGGCACACAGGUUUUGUUUUGAAGCAGUUGACAGGACAUUAAGAGAUACUCUACGGUUUUCUAAUCCAUUAAGUUGUGAGCAACCAUUUGGGAGUAAAGUCGUCGUUUUUAAGGUUCUUACUUUGACAAAAAAUAUGAGGCUAGAGACAGACUCAUCUAAUUACAAUCUAGAAGAGAUGAGAGAGUUCUCAAAGUGGAUACUAAGUGUUGGAGAUGGAGAUGCCGUGGAUAGUGCGUAUCCUUCAUUGUUAAGCAAUAUUCAUGAUUUGCAAUACCUACAAGAAAGAGCGAUUCUUGCUCCUACUCUUGAAAUUGUGGAUGUUCUGAAUGAAUACGUGCUUUCAUUGCUUCAUUGUGAAGAAAAAGUUUAUUUGAGCUCUGACAGUGUUUGUAAGACGGAUGUGGGCUUAGAUAGUCCUGAAGAUGUAUAUACACCUGAUUUCUUAAAUAGUAUUAAAUGUUCAGGAGUUCCCAAUCACAUGCUCAAAUUGAAGCAAGGUGCUCCUGUGAUGUUAUUGAGAAACAUAGACAAGUCUUCAGGUUUAUGCAAUGGAACCAGAUUAGUGAUCACUCAAUUGGGAAAACACAUACUAGAAACAAAAGUGAUCUCUAGGAGCAAUAUUGGGUAG